AUGUUGGGACUAGGCAUUGCUCGCCUAUCGAUACGCCCCUCUCCGUUGGAUCUGAUCCGAUCGGUGGUUGUCGAGGUGUCCUCGAGGAGGAGUUGCUUCUCCAGCAGUGUUAGUAUUAGUAGUGGCACUGGCACUGGCACUGGCACCGACACGCCGCCCGGACCAGGUAACGACCUCCAGCUGCUGCCACCGCUUCCCGACUCGCCCACCACCUUGACCAGGACCAGCAGCUCGACCAGCAUCGAGUGUUCCGCCCUCUCGUACCCUGUUUUGUCCACCCACCCCUCUCUAUCGCACACCAUGGCGCCUGCUGGAAAGGACAGGAAGCGUCUCGAGGCCGACCAAGAGAACUAUGGUGCUAUCUUCUCGGUCUCCGGCCCUGUCGUCGUCGCCGAGGACAUGAUCGGCUGUGCCAUGUACGAGCUGUGUCGUGUCGGUCAUGACCAGCUGGUCGGCGAGGUCAUUCGUAUCGAUGGAGACAAGGCCACCAUUCAGGUCUACGAGGAGACAGCUGGUUUGACCGUCGGCGACCCCGUGAUGAGAACCGGCAAGCCCCUCUCCGUCGAGCUCGGCCCCGGUUUGAUGGAGACAAUCUACGAUGGAAUUCAGCGCCCCCUCAAGGCCAUCUCCGACCAGUCGGAAGGUAUCUACAUCCCUCGCGGCAUUGCUGUCAACGCGCUGGAUCGUGAGAAGAAGUGGGACUUCAAGCCUGGCCCCCUCAAGGUCGGCGACCACAUCACGGGCGGCGACAUCUGGGGUUCCGUAUUCGAGAACAGCCUGGUGAACGACCAUAAGAUCAUCCUGCCCCCGCGUGCCCGGGGUACCAUCACACGCAUUGCUGAGGCCGGUAGCUACACGGUCGAGGAGAAGCUGCUGGAGGUGGAGUUCGAGGGCAAGAAGACCGAGUACCCCAUGAUGCACGCCUGGCCUGUCCGAGUGCCCCGCCCCGUCAACGAGAAGCUGCCUUCCGACUCCCCCUUCAUCGUCGGCCAGAGAGUGCUGGACUCUCUCUUCCCCAGCGUCCAGGGCGGUACCGUGUGCAUCCCUGGCGCUUUCGGAUGCGGCAAGACUGUCAUCUCGCAGUCCGUCUCCAAGUUCUCCAACAGUGAUAUCAUCGUCUAUGUCGGAUGUGGUGAGCGCGGUAACGAGAUGGCUGAAGUCUUGAUGGAUUUCCCUGAUCUUUCUAUCGAAGUUGAUGGACGCAAGGAGCCCAUCAUGAAGCGUACCUGUCUGAUCGCCAACACCUCCAACAUGCCCGUCGCCGCUCGUGAAGCUUCCAUCUACACCGGUAUCACCAUCGCCGAGUACUUCCGUGACCAGGGCAAGAACGUGGCGAUGAUGGCGGACUCCAGUUCUCGUUGGGCCGAGGCUCUGCGUGAAAUCUCCGGUCGUCUCGGAGAGAUGCCUGCCGAUCAGGGUUUCCCGGCCUACCUGGGUGCCAAGCUGGCCUCCUUCUACGAGCGGGCCGGCAAGAGUGUGGCGUUGGGUAGCCCCGAGCGCACCGGCAGCGUCAGCAUCGUCGGUGCCGUCAGCCCGCCCGGUGGUGAUUUCUCGGACCCGGUCACCAGCAGCACCCUUGGUAUCGUCCAGGUGUUCUGGGGUCUGGACAAGAAGCUGGCCCAGCGCAAGCACUUCCCCUCCGUCAACACCUCCAUCUCCUACAGCAAGUACACCAACAUCCUGGACAAGUACUACGAGAAGGAACACCCGGAGUUCCCCCGUCUCCGGGACCACAUCCGUGAGCUGCUGACCAAGUCCGAGGACCUCGACCAGGUUGUGCAGCUUGUGGGUAAGGCCGCGCUGGGUGAUUCCGAUAAGAUCACGCUGGACGUGGCUGCCAUGGUCAAGGACGACUUCCUGCAGCAGAACGGCUACAGUGACUAUGACCAGUAUUGCCCUCUGUGGAAGACGGAGUACAUGAUGAAGGCCUUUAUGGGCUUCCACGACGAGGCCCAGAAGGCCGUCGCUCAGGGUCAGAGCUGGGCCAAGGUCCGCGAGGCCACGGCUGACAUCCAGACCUCUCUCCGCAGCAUGAAGUUCGAGGUUCCCGAUAACGAGAAGGCCGUUUCCGAGAAGUACGAACAAAUCCUCCAGACCAUGACGGAACGGUUCGCCUCGGUGUCUGAUGAGUAG